AUGUCCGCCCCAUCUGGCAUCAAGGUGCCCGACACCAUCCACCAGUCCUUCUCCAACGCCCUCGCCAACCCCGACACCGUCCGGGCAAUCGUCUUCACCAUCGAGGGCGAGUCAUUCAAGCAGCACGCCACAGUCCAGCCCAAGGGAUCGCACAAAGACGAUAUCGCGCUGGUACCUGCCACUCUGCCCAACCUCAAGACACCGGCGAGCUUUGCGUACCGACUCGAUAGCAAAGAUGCUGGGCGAUAUGAGUGGUUGAUGGUCACCUAUGUUCCCGAUGAUGCCGGCGUCCGAGCCAAGAUGCUGCAAGCAUCAUCGAGAUCUGGUUUGAUGAAGGCACUUGGGGCCAACAACUUCAAGCACGACUGGUUCGCGACCUCUGUUAACGACCUGACUUCUCAAGGAAUCCACUCUCACCUUGUCCACAUCGCUUCCCCGCCUCCUCUGAGCGCCACCGAAAAGACUCUCGCCGAAAUCCGUGAGGCCGAAGCCGUGGAAGCCAAGCGCGAAGCCCUCGACCCCGAAGCUGCCGCUCGGCGCAAGAAGGCCAUCGUCGGUCUCGGAGGGCUGAUGAGCUGGGGAGAAGGUGUGGGUGAAGCGCUUCAGAAGGUUUCGCAGAGGAGUGACCAAGGGUGGAUCGUUACCCUAGAAAUCCCCGCAUCGAACACUGCUGCCAUUUCUCUGCUUCGAUCUGAAGCUUGUGCCCCUUCAGAAGUCGCCUCAAAGCUUCCCCCUAAAUCCCCAUGCUACAUAUUCUACUCUCACCCCACGCCGGCCACCCAAGCUUCUCCCUUCCCCGCUAAGCCGUCGACCACGGCCGCUUCUGCUCGCAAUACCUUCCAGGGAUCUCAGGGCGGACUGAGGCCAGUCAAUGCCUCUACUGUGGCCCCAUCUGCAGAGGACGACCAGAAGAAGGAAGGCGAAGAAUCUGACCAGACUUCUGCAAGCCCCGUUCAAGAGGUCACCGAAGAGGCGCCUAGCAAGGGAAGAGUCAUCUUUGUCUAUUGCUGUCCCUCGGGUAGCCCGGUCAAGUACAGAAUGGUCUACUCUACAUCAGUCAGGAGUGUGCGACAAGACGCGAUCGACAAGGCCAACGUCGACAUUGUUAGCAAGCUCGAAACGUCUGACCCCUCCGAGCUCACCGAAUCAUACCUUAAAUCAUCCCUACCCUCCAACAAACCCACCCACUCCUCUUCCCUUCCUAAUCCCGCUACCGCAUCUAGCAACACCACGUCCGCUCCCUUUGGCAGUCCUGCUCGGGCAGGAGGUAACAGCGGUCAUGCCUUUGGUGCGCCUGCUCCUCCUGGCAUGUUUGGUCAGCCCCGGCCUAUCCGCCCCACUGGCCCUAUCCGGUCAGCAACCACGGCUUCACAGAUCCCAUUGCCUUCUUCGAACCCUAGCACUCCGACUGUAGAGAGCCAAGGCGAAGAUAGCCAAGAGAGUAUCAGGAAGGCAUUUGAUGCGUUUGGACCGAGGGUAGGCGCUGGUGGCGGGGGUGGAUUUGCGAGGCCGAGACCUGCUGGGAGGAGGUAA